UUUUUGUCGUUCACCAACUUAUUGUUUUUGCUCCCUCUUUAAUUAGUAAGUCAAUGACAAGACCUUAAAAGACAUGGACUUAGCUGCCAGCUAGCAAUCUGGGAAGAACAAGAGAGAGAGAGAGAGAGAGAGAGAGAGAGAAAGAGGGGUUGAGAUUGGAAAUGGGUAUGAAGUGGUGGUUGAUGGAGUUGGCUCCAUUAGCAGCCAUGGUUAUGGUACAGUUCAUGGGUGUUGGUUUAACCACAAUAAGUAAAGCAGCCCUGUCUAAAGGAAUGAGUCGUCCUGUCUUUGUUGUCUACUCAAAUGCUCUUGCCACGCUCAUUCUUAUCCCAUAUGCUCUCAUCUUUGAAAGAAACAAGAGACCACCGCUCAACUUCAAUAUCCUAUGUAAAUUCUUCCUCCUUAGCCUGGCUGGGAUAACGGUAAUGCAGAAUUGUGUAUUUGCUGGUUUAGAUUAUAGCUCUCCUACACUUUCAUCUGCUAUGAGCAACUUGAUUCCAGCUUUCAUUUUCUCGCUUGCUGUGAUCUUCAGAAUGGAAAAAUUGGAUUUGAGAAACUCAAGAAGCUUGAUCAAAAUCUUGGGCACCCUGGUGUCAAUCUCAGGAGCACUGAUAAUAGUUCUUUACAAAGGGCCCCAAAUUGGAACCAUGCAAGUUCCAUCCACUGAAAACACUAACCCAUCAUCAAAACCAUCUUUCUCCGUAAUGUUGUUGGAAACAACAAAUAAUUGGGUCAUUGGUGGUCUUUUCUUUACAAUUGCUUGUUUAUCUAAUUCAAUAGCUGUUAUUUCUCAGGCAGCAAUUCUUAAAGAAUACCCAUCAGAGAUGACAGUAGUAUCCUUCUAUUGCCUCUUCGGAACCAUUCAAUGUGCAGCAUUUACUUUAAUUGCAGAAAGAAAUCCAAAUGCAUGGAGAUUUACACCUGAUAUUGAACUCAUAUCUGUUUUAUAUUCAGGUAUAACAGGAAGUGUGCUAACAUCUUGUCUGGUAAUAUGGAGCAUAAAGAAGAAAGGACCAUUAUUUGUGUCCUUGUUUGGUCCUUUGGGUAUUGCUAUUUCUGCACUAACGAGUGAUAUAUUCCUUGGUGAAAAUCUUCAUGUUGGAAGUGUUAUUGGAGCAGUGGUGAUUGUUAUAGGCUUUUAUGGAGUAAUAUGGGCCCAAUGGAAAGGGGAAAAGGAUGAACCCCAUGGAGUUGAUAAAAUGGAAUCAACCUUGCAGAAGACCCCUCUUUUGGAAAGUCAAUCACCUGUUUGAAGCCACUGUGGUGAAAAAAACACUCAUUCUAAAUGAACCAAAUCAAGUGGUUUUUCCAUGAAAUCUGAAUUAUUUUAUUUUAAAUUUUCAAUAAUCUUCAUGUAUUUUUUAUGCCGAACUAUAAUGUUCAGGAAGUGAAAUAAAAUUUUUA